AUGUGGCGAAUUACAGAGGCACGACUAUGGGACGGGCUGUAUGGUGGUGGCGGGGGAGGGGGAGGGGGAGGGCUUUUAGGAGGCGGCGGCUGCCAGCUCGUCCUGAAAGCGGCCGAGCAGCCGGCACGGGACGGCAUGGCUGAGCGCCGCUCUUUUUCACUGGCGAGUCUCGCCUCCGACUUGAAUGCCAAGAAAGAUAAUCCGCAGAUACGAUUACUUCUCAUUGUUUGCCGCGAGGUGCGGUGCGCGCGGCCAGCGCCGGCGGCCGCCCUCGCGUGUCUGAUGCGGGGGCAGGCCUCGCCGGAAGUGUCACCAUGGCAACGCCAACACAUCGAUUCGGAGGGAGCGGCGCAGCUCGGCUCGCUAGCUGGCGCGGUGUGCCCGCGGCCGCAGCCGCCGCCGCCUCCCGCUCCCCCUGGCCGGCCCAUCGCGAGGCCGUCUGCUGUCGCUCUGUCACCUCCAGCACCUAGCCCGUGUUCUGCACCAGAUGUGCUCAGGACUAGGGCGCUCUCGCCUCUCGCCGCCGUUAUGAGAGAAGUGGCGCUGCGGCAAUAUUCGCGGCGCGGCGCCGGAACCAGCAGCCAGAGAUUGCGUCACCUCUGUAAACAGCGGCCCGAUAUGCCGCCGACAACAGGCGCCUCGCCCCGCCUGCCUUCGCCUCACGGCCCGGAAUGA